GGCCUUGCUCUCUCUCCUAUAAUUGCUCUCUCACUCGUGAUAUAAAAUCCCAAUGGCUCUCUCCUUUCUUCCUCCUCCUCUCCCUCUUUGCUUAUUUGAACCCAUCCUUUUUUGGGAUGGUAAUAAAGCACUGGGUUUUCUUCCAUUUGAGUUUCAGGUAACAUAAACAGAGAUUCAGCAGUAAAUGGGGCUUAGUACCAUGGUCUCUCAAGGAGCUCAAGCACCGGAGUUCCAACAAGCAUUCUUAAACCACAACUUUGAUGAAUUAAAAAGCUAUCUUCCUGAACUUGGUAUUGUCCCAUGCAAGAUGAACAUCGAGGAGCUUGUGAAUGCAGUGCAACAGUUCCAAGCUCCAUCAUCAUCUUCAUCAUCCUCUUCUUGUAUCCCCCAAUCAUUUCCUUCAGAGUUCAAUCUCAAUGGCACCCUUGGCCAAAAAAUGGUCCAUGAUGUUCUGAGAGAAAUCACAGAUCAAGAAGAGUCUGUGACUGAUGAUAAGUUUUCAAUAUUUGGCAAGAAUGCAAUGGAUAAAUUCUUGAUUCAAUCUGGUGCAAAUUAUACUGGGUAUGAAGGGAAGUCUCAAUCUUUGUUGGCCACUGAAUAUGAACAUAAUACUACUUCUGAGCAGAAAAAACACCAAGAGAUGGAAAUCUUGGGUUCGAGCUUGCCAAUUUUUGGAAAUGCCAGUGUGAAUGCUGGAUUUCCUGAGAGCCCAAUGCCAGUGGUGUCCAUGGCAAUGGUUAAGCCUAGUUCAUCUGAUAUGCAGAUGCUAGUGGAGAUAAAUCGUAAUGAUGACACUGUUGAUAAAAAUAUUGAGAGGAGACAAAAGAGGAUGAUCAAGAAUCGGGAGUCAGCUGCUCGAUCAAGGGCAAGGAAGCAGGCUUAUAUACAUGAGCUGGAAGAAAAGGUGAAGGACUUGGAGGAUCAAAAUUUUAAGCUUAAGAGGCGACUGACGGAUCUAGGUUCUGAUACCUUUGCAGGGCCAAGGCACCAACUUCGUCGUACCACUUCUGACAUUCAAGUCAUAUUACACGAUUAGACAGGCUAGGUCAGGGUCUGAGUUUACUGAUGCUGUGAUGUUCAAGAUAUUCCUACGGUUCUGAAUGUCUACAUCGGAAUUUACAUAUAAGGGUCAGAUAUGAGGCUAGGUUAUCUAUUAUUACUAUCUUGAGUGGAUUGGAUCACAGAUUCAUGAUGUUGCUGUGAAGGAUAAUGGUCAGAAGAGAAGUAAAUCUGACAAACGUGGGAUAGGUUGGAGCUUUUGGAAGAAUACUAAGAAGAGUAAAACCCUUGAACAAUAUGUUUCAGGAGAUUCCUCUGAGAGAGUCUCCAGUGUUGGUCAAUGGAUGCUGGAGCAGGAGUUUAGAUGUAAUCAUUGGGAUUUUGCAGCUAGCAGAUUGUGAGUUCAGACUUCAGAAUAUUUUUGUAAAAGCUCCAAUGAAGGAUAAAGAAUCCAUAGCUGAUCAGGCAGUGGAUCUUAAUCAAGUUCAAAAGGAGAUUGUGGAAGCUGGAACGACUAAGUCAAGAGUUUGUUAUGCGAAGUAAAAUUUGCAAUCACAUUGCUCAGAAAGAUGUCAAGAGAAGACCAGGUCUGAGGAUAUGCAGAAGGUUGAUUCUGAGUUUUGGGCUCUAGUAAAAAAAUACUGGUGGUCAGAAAGUAGCAGUUGAGAAUUUGCGGUAUCGGGAUGUUCUUGAGGAGUCUUUUAUUGGUUCUAAGGAUGUUAUAUCUGACGUUAUUUCAUUGGACAUGAUAGCUGCAAAUGAGAAAAGUCAUUUUGGGAAAGCUGUGGGUGGGAGGGUUUCAGGAACUGCUCAGGGAUUGACUUUUAUUAGGAGAAGCUGGAGCUUCACGGAAAUGAUAACCAAUCUGCAUUGGAAAAAGCUUCUCUCAGAGCUACUAUCAAGGGUUUAGACAUAAGUUACUGUGAAUCAGAGCUUCUCUCAGAGCUACUAUCAAGGGUUUAGAAAUAAGUUACUGUGAAUCAGAGCAUAAAUAUGGGUGGUGGAGAAGGUGAAUCUUUUGCUUUCAAUACAAUCUUUGUCCCUAUUUUAUUUGAUAGUUAUGAUAGUAAUAUUGCCUCUUCAAUGUGCUUUGUUGUUUAAUAACAAAGAUAAUUUAGGGCUUGUUUGGUACACUAUAACUGUAAUUACAGCAGUUACAUGCAAGAAAUACUGUAUGCAGCAUUUAUUGUGGGAAAUCUACCUCAAAUUCAUUGUUUAGAUGUCAGCAUUUUUAAUUUAGUGAAUGUAUUUCCGAAGCUAAAUCUAAUGUUUGGUUAGUAGCACAGCAUAUUAGAUUUAUAUUUUUUGUUGCAGGAAAUGCAUUUCCAUUGCAAUCAAGAGUUUUUUUAUUAAAAGAUCUACAUUUUUUAGAUAGAAUCUUGAUAAUUUGAUGACAUGGCAUUAGUUUUUUUUGGGUUAAUGCAAUGACUUGCAAUAGUUGUUGCAGCUAAAUUGGGUGGA